UAUUAUUUGUAUACAAUAGAACAACGUGUGAUGAUAUUGGAUUUCUUUUUAAAUUAUCUGUUUGUGUAAAUGAGGUCUAUUCAGACGUGUUCGUUUUCACAAAGUUGAAAAAUAAAUCAUGAUUUCACUAAAACCAGAUAUUCUAAAUCAAUUAACGGAAUCCAAUGAAAAACCAUUGGUGGUGCGUAUUGACCAAGUGCUAGGCCGUGGUACGUUUAGUACGGUGUACAGGGCUCAAAUUACACAAAAUGAUAAUUCAAAUGUUACCGAAUACGUGGCACUUAAAGUAUUGAGACUUAAGAAUGAAAAAUCCAACGGCCAAGAUAGUAAAAAUAUUAUAAGCAAAGUUAAAUAUGGAGGUAUAAUAGAUGCCGAACAUCGAGAUUGUAUUAAUGAAAUAGUUAAUCUUAAGAAACUUGAUCAUCCUAAUAUCGUGCGUCUUUUGUGGUGGGAUUAUGUUCCAGCUGGAAAUGAAGGGGAAGCCCUUUUGAAAAUUGCCACCGAACUGGCCACGGGUGGAGAUCUGCGACGUAUGGUCCAUGAACAUUAUGCUGCUGGUGUUCUCGUUAAAGAAGCUACUGUAUGGUCAUGUACAGUUCAAUUGUGUGCCGCCCUUCAACAUAUGCACGAAGCCGGUAUAAUGCAUCGAGACAUAAAACCAGCUAAUAUAUUCGUGUACAACGUAUAUGAUGUAUACGAGGACGCUGACAAUGAUUCUGACUUAGGUUGCGACGACGAUAAAUUACAUCGCCGGUGGGCCCAAGCUACUUUAAAACUGGGUGACUUCGGUUUCAGUAAAGGUUUUAGGCCACACAACGGUGACUCAUUUGGUUUGCGGUCGGUCCUGGGAUCUCCUCUUUACAUGAGCCCUGAGCGCUUACGACAAGUUGACGGAUGUGCUCAAGGAAAUGACCAAGAAGAUUCUGGUACAUAUUAUGCUGAUAGCGAUAUGUGGUCAGCGGCAUGUUGUGUUUACGAAUUGGCUGCUUUACAAGCGCCUUUUCAUUUGAAUGGCUCUCUAGAUAUGAAUUUGAUGAUGAACCGCAUAGUUAACGGAUUUUAUCCACCUAUCCCUUGUGAUAGUUAUUCACCGCAGAUGGCACAAUUUAUCGAUGCAUGUAUGGUAGUUAAUCGACGUCUUCGACUAAGUGGCAGUUUGGCAUUACGUCGAGCUCGUGCUGGUCUUGCGGAAACACUUCGUCGACAACAAUACCGUUGUAGAAUAUCACGACCAUCGAUGACCAAGUCAAAAUUCGAACAAUCACCUCGAACACCUUCCAGUAUGGUAUCCAAAGGACGUAAAUCUAGCUUACUCUUACCAGAAACUCCUCGAAUGGAAAAGUUACCGCGAACAAAAGUUAAUCGACUCCCGUUAUCCCAACAACAACGUCCACUUGAUCGCUUAACGGUUCCAAAUGUGACACAUUUGAAAGUUCCUCUUUAGGCGUUUUGCAUUUUUAAUUCAUUAAUUUUACUUUUUAUUUCUUAAUUUUUUUUUAUAAAUUUUACUGGAGUUAACUUUAUUCAUUUGUUACAUUUAUAACUCAUUUUAUAUUAAACAAUAGAAAAACAAACAUUUUUGUAAUUAAAUUAAAGAAGUGUUUAUUUUGUCUUAUAAUGUUUACUUUUGGAUAAUGAUUAUAAGUUAAAUGACUAUAUCCCAAUUUAUGUCAAAUUAAUGUGUAUUUUUGUUUUUUAUUUUUUAUUUAUUAAAUUGAUGAUAUAAAUUGUGAA